CAACUUUACUGCAAGCAACACCUUUUGUGGAAAAACCUUCACACAGUGUUUGUGGAAGCAUUAAUUUUGCACUGAGUGGACCUAAGAUUGUAUGUCGCUAUAUCUCUAAUUUUUAAUGUGACUGACUUGUAAAGAAAAUAAAGACCGGCAUGAUGGCCUUGAAAAGAGGACUAUUCCUCACCUUGUUCUUGUUUACCCUCCAAGCCAGCAGAAUCAAAGACUUCAGUAGGAACCAUUUAUCAGGGACCAGAAACAUCAAAUAUGGACAUUUCUACAAGGCCUUACAAGCAGCCAGGCAUCUGGCGGCUGUCCGAGAUUCACAUCUCCUGAAUAGGCUUCGAGUGAAGAGAUCAGCACUAUUCAGUACAGGGGUCAAAGCAUGUCCUCACGAGAACAUGGAAGAGGUCAUCACCAACCACAAAUCAUAUUACAAACUGAGAGUCUGCCAGGAAGCUGUAUGGGAGGCAUACCAAAUUUUCCUGGACAGAUUACCUGACACAAUGGAGUUCCAGCAGUGGGUACAUGCCUGCCAGACAGGCUCACUGUGUGUGGAGGACUUGGCCCAUAAUUUUAGCAGCACCAGUGAACACAUGGACAUGGUGGCCAGGAAAGUGAACAUUCAAGAAAACAAAGAUCAUGCCAUGACUACAUCUGUACCAGGCAAGAAAUGUUCAAAAACUCCACAGGUGAAAUUUGCCAUGGAUUCAGAAAAGGUAUAAACUGUCCCACCUCAACAGCACAUAAUAGAGAUUAGUGUGACCUUAAAAGACCCAGAAUACAGUCAGCAACUGAGAGACUCUAACAACUUGCAAUAUCAGGACGUCCACUAUAGUCUUCAUGAGCAGAUGCUGCAAAUUUUCAACAAACUUUCUGGAUUUAUAGAGAUUCGACUGCUGGGAAUUCAACCUGGAAGUGUUGCAAUACACUACGCUGUGGUGUUUGAGACAGAAGUAGAAUCUACAGGAACAGGUCCUCCAGGGACAGGUGGGGAAUCUGGCACAGAAAUAGCCUUGAAGAAUAUGAUAUUAAAUGCCCUGAGGGAGGAUACAUCCCUGCCUUUUAAUAUCCAUUUUCUCAGCUUCGAAGCAACCACACAAGUUCACUCAAAAGACCUACAAACAGACAAGCCAACACAUCUACCUAGGAUUAUUAGCAAGCAAGCAGCAGCAGCCAUCUCUGAGGAGAUUACUGAGUCAAUUACCAACUCAAAGGAAAAGGCAGCUCCUAAUGGAACUCAAGGGAAAGAUAAGGAGGCAAUGGAGCGCGCAUUUCCUGCACAGGAAACAUGUAAAGAUCUGCCUACUGUAACCACAUUGGUGACCAUUACAAAGCCAUCUCCACCUGAACCAAGUCUUGGCCCCAAGCUAAGGGAAGCUGAGCAACAAAAGUUGUUCACUCAGCCUGAAGGAUAUAAAAGGAACAUUUCAUUGGAUUCCACAUUAAACAAAACCGAAGUGGACCAGGCCCUUAAAAUUCCUGCUAUGACCAGUUCACUAAACUUGAACUCCAGCAAAGCUUUGCUCCUAUUUCUACAAUCCAGUCUCAAUGGAUUUAAGGAGCUACAUAUCCUCACCUUCAGAAAUGGCAGUGUGGUAGUAAACAACAAGAUGCAGUUAGCCAAAUCAGUAGUGGAUAAUAUUACCAAGGCUGUGCACUGCACUCUUGAUGACUUUAGUAAUGCCUCCUCAAAGAGAAUGGACAGUGAAAUGGACAACCAGUCAGCUCAUCAUGGUGAUCCAUGUAAGUACAUGGAUUGUAAUGAGUUUUCACACUGUGUGGUGAACACACUGACUACCGAGGCUGAGUGUGUGUGUGAUCCUGGCUACAGCACAGUGGAUGGUCUGCCCUGUCAGAGCAUUUGUAACCUCCAGCCUAACUACUGUCUCAAUGGGGGACUAUGUGAGAGCAUUCCAGGGCAUGGAGUCAGCUGCAGAUGUCCUGCAGGUAAAUUUUGGUACUAUGAAGGAGCGCACUGCAGCGAUCUGGUGUCUGUGCCCGUCGACCCAUUCAUAUUUGUCCUUUAUCUGAUGGGAAGUCUAACUGUGGUGUGUGCUGUGAUAAGCCUGUUAGUGUUAAUUAACAGGAAAUGUAUAAGGACCAGAAAGACAGUGACACUAGUGCAUUCAGACUCAUCCCUGUGUAUGGACGGAUUUGUGAGAGUGAAUCCAAUCUUUGAGAAUGAUGAUGGUGUCCUGACUCAUGUGUCCAGCAUAAGCUAUCCCACCAUCACUGACUCUGGCUCCCCUCAAAGCUCUGACCAGGGCUCAUUUUACUCACUGGAUAACAUGCCUCUAAGCAUUGAGCUUCCCAGGCAACUCUACACAACAAGGUCAGAGAAGUUGGUAUCAGAACUACUUGGCUUCCAUCACUGCAUACCACAUGUCGAGACAUGGAGGCUGUCUAAUGAACACAGGAGGUCAUGUCUUCUAAAAGGGUCUGACGCGGAUGGUUUUGAAGUGAGUGUGUUAUGACUGUGUUAAUUCAUGGCCAGUAACAAUGUACUGUAUGAGUUUACUAUAGCAGCAACGGUCACUAGCAAAAAAAGAUGUUGUUUGAGAGUUCUAAUGUGCCUAGAUAGACCCCUGUUAAAAGCUUUUCCCCUUACAGUGAGGUAUUUAUUUACAAAUGGAUGCAUUUGGUGGUUUGCUAUUAAUUUGACAAUAGUGGUGAAAAAAGUAUUAAGACAAAUGUUUUAAUGACAUAAACUUAAGUAAUGACAAUUAAGAUAAUUUAUUUCUUACAAUGAAAUUACUAUAUAACAAUCAAUAUUUAGUAUGAAGUGCUUUAUUUUUCAAAACCUGCUAAUUCUGUAUGAGCAUAGUCAAAAAUACAUCUGAGUUAAGUAAACUGGCUAACUAUAAAUUCUUAUUCUA